AGUUUUUUAAAUCGUUUUAAAGUGCCCCUUUUCACUCAGAGCCAAAAAAACGGCACCGUUUCCACGAACGGAGAAUAUUGAGAUGUGCCACGUGUCAGAACUAUACUCAAUGGUAUUUCCGUCAUUACAUUGUUCGGUAAGGGCAAUUCAGCUGAAGGAGGUGAUAUUCCCUUGCGAUCUCUCCAUUCCCGACCUCAGAGGUUCCAAUUUCUACGGAGAGAGAGAGAGAGGGAAACUGGAAAGUGAGAGAAUAAAAAAAUAAUAAUUUCGAAAUUUCUUGCAAUUAUACUAUCCUCUCCUCGGAUCAGCAUCUUCUCCAGCUCCCAGCCAUCUGCGGAUUUUUCGAUGCUGUUGGUGAUUUGUGAUUCUCGAUCCUUUUUUUAUUUAGCCAUUGAGAGUCUGCAUUUCUGCGGAUUCGAUUACUGAUUUCUGAUUCAUAGAUUGCGGUUUGUAUCGAUUGGUUUGUUCGAUGCGGAACUUAGCAUUCUGAGCUUUCUACGGAUUCGAUCAAUGAUCUUUGAGCUAUUUGAUAUAUAAAUUGUGGUUCUUUGUGUGAAAUUGCGGUGCUAUCGAUGAUUUCGGAUCCGAAAUUAGUCUUCUACGCCUGCAUUUCCAAGGGGACUACGAUUCUGGCGGAGUUUAAUUCAGUGGAUCCGGAUCUGCAAACCCUAGCUCUCAAAUGCCUGGAGAAAGCUCCUGCGUUGCACUCCAUGUUCUCCCAUACAGUUCGACAACGGACGUACACGUUCUUGCUAGACGAGCCCGAUCCGUAUGUUUAUUUUGGCAUUUUCGAUGAAAAGAUGGAGAGAUAUGAGACGCUAUGGUUCCUCAAUCGGGUAAAAGAGGCGUUCAAGGGCAUGAUUCGGAAUGAUCCGAUAAAGAAUUUCGAUGAUCUUAGCUCUCAUUGCUUUCAAGGAGAAUUCAAUCCCGUUUUUCGGCAAUUAUUGUCUCAUCCGGUGGAGCCAGAGCAAUUGAAUUUGGAUUUGAAUUCGAGUUUGCCUCAAAAUGUCUUGAAAGAUAAACGAAAUUUGAGUCUGGAUUGUUCUACCAGAGGGAAGAGGAUUGUAUCCUUGCCAUUGCUUGGGAAGCCAGGUAAGGGGCUGAAGAAGAAGAAGAGAUUAUCGGGUGAAGUCAAUGGCGAUACCCGAGAUCAUCUAAUGGAGAAUAAGGUGGUUGAUGUAUCAGAUGAUGGCGGUAGCCAAACAAGGGAUUUUCCGGCUUCUAUGCAAAAGAAUGGUGGAUAUUUGGGCGACAUGGCUGCAGGAAGACAAAAGGCGAAGCAAGUCUGGAAGCAACAAGUUUGGAUGGUGUUGAUACUGGACUUGUGUGUGUGUUCCGUAUUGUUCGGAGUUUGGUUGUGGAUUUGCAGGGGCUUCAGGUGCGUUGAUGGUUGAAUUAUGGGUUACAGAUCUGAAGUGGGUGUUCUUGUUUCUUCUCAAGAAUUCAGCAAAGAAUUAAGAUGAGAACUUAAUAGCGGAACAGUAAUGUGGAUUCAUUCAACUCGUACUUUACUGAUGUCAUUGAGUUCUCAAAAGUGUGGUAAUGCUUCUUGUUUCCUACAUGAGCUGUGUGUAUGAAUAUCAUGAAGAGCCAUAUAGCUCUUCUUUUACGUAUUUACGUAAUGCUUCAAAUUGUGAAUAUCCAAAAACCUGACCUCUGCCAUCGCAAA